UUGCGCUCCAGAGGGGUUUACAAUGCCUUCCAUUUCUUAAAGCGCAUUUUGUGGCCGCUGACUUUAAGAGCGACGGUCCGAAUGUGAGUAUAUAAAAAAAAGGCUAAUGUAGAUACUAUCAACUCCGCUGAGAACAAGGAAGAGAAGACACGCAAGGAGAAAUAGAACCUUACCAUCAAAAUCCAUCCGCAGUCAUCACAGGAAUUAACUUGGGAGGCUUCGUGAAAACUACCGUUGAUAUUCAAGAUAUUGAGCAACUAUAUUCAUUCUCCACAUACAAGCAAACAAAAAUAAUCUGUCCCUACUUGGACUAUGGAAUUAACUCAGUCAGAGAUGAACAUCUUAUCCAACGGGAAAAGUCACGACCCCGAAGGUGACUUGGGGAUGCCAAUGAAGACGUUGCCAGAAGGGGAUCAAAAGGGCACUCAAACAGCCAGAUUUGAUGAUAAUAAUGGAGGACUGGAGAAUGAGGAAUUUUUGCCCGGUGCGGAUGGAGAGAAACACAUACGCUUCAAAGAUUUUGAAGGAAAAACGUCUUUUGGCAUGUCCGUCUUCAACCUGGGUAAUGCUAUUAUGGGCAGUGGAAUCCUGGGACUGGCGUAUGCCAUGGCCAACACUGGCAUACUCCUCUUCUUGUUUCUUCUGACUGCAAUAGCAGCCUUGUCAUCUUACUCCAUUCAUCUGCUGCUGAAAUCCUCUGGCAUUGUGGGAAUUCGAGCUUAUGAAGAGCUGGGGUACAGGGCCUUUGGCAUUCCUGGAAAAAUGGCUGCUGGUAUAGCAAUUACCCUGCAGAAUAUUGGAGCUAUGUCCAGCUACCUGUACAUUGUUAAAUCUGAGUUACCGCUGGUCAUCCAAGCUUUCCUGAAGGCGGAGCCCGACUCAGAUUUGUGGUACUUGAAUGGAAACUACCUGGUCAUCAUGGUCUCUGCCAGUAUCAUCCUGCCCCUGGCUUUAAUGAAACAGCUUGGUUACCUCGGCUAUACCAGUGGAUUUUCUCUCAGCUGUAUGGUGUUUUUUCUCUCCGCAGUUAUCUAUAAGAAGUUUCAGAUCCCUUGCCCAUUCGACGAGUUUACAUCCAACACCACUACCACCCACCUCAGCAUGAAUGUCUCAAGCCACGGCCACGAGUACAACAAUGGUCUGGUUCAUGAGGACGAUGACUCCCACUGCUCCCCACGCAUGAUCAACAUUAACUCACAAACAGCAUACACCCUCCCCAUCUUGGCCUUCGCCUUUGUUUGCCACCCUGAGGUCCUCCCCAUCUACACCGAGCUCCGCGAUCCAAACCAGAAGAAGAUGCAGAGGGUGUCCAACAUCUCCAUCUUGGUCAUGUACAGCAUGUACUUUCUGGCUGCUCUCUUUGGCUACCUGACCUUUUAUGGCAAUGUGGAGCCUGAACUGCUGCACACAUACAGCCGGAUUGAUCCUUACGACACUUUGAUCCUGUGUGUGAGAGUUGCCGUCCUCACGGCUGUGACGCUGACUGUCCCUAUUGUGUUGUUCCCUGUACGUAGAGCCAUCCAGCAUAUGGUAUUCCCCACAAAGUCUUUCAACUGGUUGCGUCACAUAGCCAUUGCUGUCCUUCUGCUCACCAUCAUCAAUUUGCUGGUCAUAUUUGCUCCCAACAUUCUGGGCAUCUUCGGCAUCAUUGGUGCAACAUCGGCUCCUUGCCUCAUUUUCAUCUUUCCUGCUGUCUUUUACAUCCGCAUUGUUCCCAAAGAAGAUGAACCCAUGAACUCUGUUCCUAAGAUACUGGCGGCCUGUUUUGCAGCUUUGGGUGUCUCUUUAAUGGUAAUGAGUCUUAGCUUCAUAAUCAUCGACUGGACUUCAGGGGGCAGCCAUGCUGCCGGAGGCCACUAGAUGCUGCUUCGGUGUUUGUGAGCUCUGGAAAGGGGAAAUAUCAGGUCAAGGUAAAGGGAGCCCUGCCACUUCAUGCAGGGCUGCACAGCACAGAGCUUGCAGGGAUGUGAAACAGUAUAUAUACAGUAUAGUAUAUCGGUUGGAAUCAAGCUGUUAUUGAUCGAGUUAAACUAGCUUUUGGUGAACAAAGUCCUUGCAUAAUGACAUAAUUAAUUUAAUAGUGCAAUAGUAAUGCAAUUUUUAUGAAUAAUCAGGACUAAACAUGGGCUUUUUUUAUUACCAUCUGUUGGUGUUACCACAACGGUGAAAUGGUCCUUCUUUUUUAUUGAUACACAAACAACUGCAGCUGGUACUGUACAGAAAAAGAGGGCAUGGUCGUCUGUUGUUGUUUUGUACACAAAUUACAAUUAUUUUCCACAAGACACACAAAAGAGAAUAGACAAAUUAUCCCAUUCUGACCAGCUGCCCUCUGAACUGUCCAUCGUGAAAACCACGUAAUGCAUCAAACUAAACUUUUGUUCCAGAUCAGCUAAUUCUCUUGUGCCUUAUAGCAUUUGGAACAGCACACAGCAAAAACUGGAUUGUAUAUUUAUUUAGCUACUAUAUCUGUUUUUAAUUUCAAAUGACCUAUAUGCAACUACUGAUCAAGGCAAUGACCCUAAUGUAUCAUAUGAUUAUCAGUUUUUGUUUUAGCUUACAGUAUAUAAAUGAUGGAAGGAGUUACGACGAAAUAUAUUUAGAUUUUCUUAGCAUUUCAUAUUUCCCCUGGCAGAACAUUUAGCUCACAUAUGCCACUGUCACCUUGAAUAUAAAUCAAAUACAGCUCGAGAUUUAAAUUGACCAGUGAGUCUAGCUCUUAAAUCUCUUGAAUUCUUGACCAAUUCAGAAAUCCAAUUUUCCUCACUGAAUAUGUUAAACCUAAAUGAAAAUAAUUAGUAGUGUAGUAAAAGUACACUUUUUCCCAUUCUUGCAGUUAGAUUAGAAGAUUGAUAUUACAUUAGAUUUGGUUUAAGGUUAAACGCCUCCCAGACCCUAAAGCUCCCUAUCUAACACUUAAUAACCGGACGUCGCCUACCUCUAGCGAAAUAUGGUUUCCAGCCAUGCAGAUAGUUUGGGUUGUACUUGCUCAGGUCUUGAGUUAUACUAUACGGACAAAAGUAUGUGGACACCAAAGUAAUGUACAUAUUUUAAACCUUAUGCAAAUAGAACAAACAACAAAUUAUUGACUAGACACUUUGGGUCAGUUAGAAAAUGUGAUUUCGUCCAGAACAACAUGAGUUGUAAAGAAUAAGCCGCUGGUGGGAGUUAAUUCUUUUUUAUUUUAAGAUGUAUUAUGCUUUUCUGAUUUUGUAGUAACAUUUCACUGGUUUGUAGUAUUUUGAUCUGCUGUCACUCUGGUUGACUAUUCAGACCUGACGUUAAUGUUUUGCAUGUUGUUAUGUCCUGUAGUUGGUAUUGUGAACACAGAGAUUAAUCUUCUGACACUGUCCUGCAUAUAUGUUAUUGUGAAACAGUGCAUUUGGCAUCUUACAGUGAAGGGUAUUGAAGUCCUAUUCUGUGCUAUAGUUAAUAUUAGUAUUAUGAAAGCCUUCUUAAAACAUGCUACAUGAAAUAAUGUUUUAAACAUUACUAUUGUGAUGAUCUGUCAUGUCUGUGAUGUCAGUGAUGACACAUUUAUGGAUACUUUCAGUAAUUCUCCAGGUGAAUUUUGAGACUCACAAUAGCACUACAACAUGCAUAUAAGUUCUUUUUUUGGGUAAAUUAAAUCUCAUUAUAUACAAAUAACAAAUGAACAAGUUUGAAAACUGCACAGAAGGUUUAAACUUUGAAUAAAAACUCAAAGAAAUGUUAUAACAAAUAUUUGCUGCUCUUAUCCAAAGGUGGUCUUAUAUUGUAUCGCAAAUCUCAGUCCUGCGUAAAUCAUUACUUCACAUGUAUAUAGUAACUAUUCCUUUGGCAAUUUUUAUUUUUUAAUGAAUUAUUAAUAACAACCUAGAAAAUACGUAUACACAUAUCAACCUCCGUCCCUUGCUUUCCCACAUGUAUUUACAGUGGUUGUAGUGGUGUAAAUGAAAGUUUAGUUUUUCUUCACUUUAAGAUAUCAUGCCAAAACAAAAAUUAACUACCUAAUGCUUUAUAAUGCCUUUGAACCUUUAAACAGGUACCACCGUUUUAAUACCAGAUGCAGUAUAUCAAAUAUGCAUUUCUCAUGUACCUAAACAAACCUUUGUGAUAUUUUAUUAUAGCUGUUGUUCAAGACAUAGACUGAUGGAAAUGACACAACUAUAAUACAAUAUGGUAUAUACAUUUUGGUGAAUAAGACGUGGCUUUAUAUAAAUAAUGUAUAUAAAUGUAAACCUUUUAUAUUUGUGAUGCAUAUUUACAAUAGCUUGUAAAGUGUAAAUAGCAGGGACAGUUUUAGUUUGCCAAUAAAAUAAUUGUAGAUGUUUUUA